GGAUGGUAAAGAUUCAGUGAUGGAGCUCUUGCUACCACCAAGUCCUUCUCCUGUUACAGGUGAUUAUCAGUUCACAUGAAUAUCGCUUCCACAUUUUGAUCUGGGUUGUGCAUUGAGCUUCCUAGACGAGAUUAAAAUCAUCCUCAGAUCUAUCAGGAAUUCCACUUCCAAAGUCCAAGUUGCUAGUGAUAUGAAGUUUGGAGCUCCAUCAUCUAAAAGACAUAUAGCAGUAAAGGUGAGAAAGAAAUAUAUUUUCUCAGCAUUACCCCAGAAUGCUGUUCCAGUUGUCAUUGCAGCAGCUGCAGCUGUGGGGGCAGCAGCAACUCUUCUGGCUCAGACAACAAAAGCUUCUCAGCCCAAUGAAAAGCCUUCCAAAGAAUGUGAAGCAUGCAAUGGAUCUGGUAUUUGUGCCGAAUGUAAUGGGGAGGGAUUCCUACUGAAGAAGCUCUCAGAGGAGAGUGCUGAUAAAGCAAGACUCAGUGCAAAGAAUAUGGCCACUCGUUACACAGCCGGGCUUCCAAAGAAAUGGAGUUACUGCUCCAAGUGCUCUUCUGCACGUUCUUGUAGCAUUUGUGGAGGUCGAGGAAGGAUAGAUUUAUAAGAAUUUUUCAUAUGAAUUGGAGAAAUUACUAUUCGUAAUUCAUUAUUUCAAUUGUAUAGGAGUGAUACUAUUCCUAACCAAUUUUUUUUUCUAAAUUGGUUAUUAGUGCAA